AUCGCAAUCAAAGAAUUUCAUUCCUCUCUGAAUUUCUAGGGUUAGGGUUUCAAUGGCGGAAGAGAGAUCAACAGGGGUAGUGAAGUGGUUCAAUGACACCAAGGGCUUUGGCUUCAUCACCCCCGAUAACAACACCGAAGACCUCUUCGUCCAUCAAUCCUCAAUCAAAUCCGACGGCUUCCGCACCGUCGCGGAGGGCGACGCGGUGGAGUUUCUCAUCGCCGUUGGGGACGACGGCAAGACCAAGGCCAUCGAUGUCACUGGUCUGAACGGCGCUCCUCUCCCGGCGAAGGAGAGCUUCGGUCGGUCCGGCGGCCGUGGCAGCGGGAGAGAUUCUGGUGGAUUUGGCGGUGCGUGGAGCGGCGGAGAUCGCCGUAACGGCGGCGGCGGCGGGUGUUAUACUUGCGGUGAGGCUGGCCACCGAGCUAGGGAUUGUACUCGCGGCGGAGGCGGCGGCAACGGAGGAGGAGGCCGCGGUGGCGGUGAGUGCUUUAAUUGCGGAGGGAUUGGUCACAUGUCCAGGAAUUGUCCUUCUGGGACCGGCGGCGGCGGUGGCCGUGGCGGUGAGGGCUGCGUCAAGUGUGGCGAUCUCGGUCAUAUGGCAAGGGACUGUUUUGCUGGAGGAUCGUCUGGCGGCGGCGGCGUUGGAAAAGACUGUUAUACGUGUGGGGAGGUUGGCCACUUUGCUAGGGAUUGCACCAGGGGAGGCAGUGGCGGUCGCGGUGGUGGAGGUGGCCGCAGUGGCUGUUUCAACUGCGGGCAGCCGGGGCAUAUUGCCAGGGAGUGUCCAGGAGGACAGUAAGAGAGUGAGAGUGGUAGUAAAUACUCUUUAAAUUUUCGUUUAGUAUUGGAUAUCUAUCAGUGCGCAUUGUGGGAUACAUAUGGUGUUUUGGCAAGGGGUUUUGGUUUUCUGAUGAUGAGCCACUGUUUGGCAAACAAAUUUUCUGUUUUAACAGACAUGUAUGCAGUUAUUCGGCUAUAGGGUUAGGUGGUUUUGAUCC